AUGGAACUCGUAGAAGACAACACUACAACUUACAAAGACCGAUUCACACACCCGGGAGGACCACCUAUUCAUACAAAACGUGUCUCUCGAUGGGAUAAAAAACUUCAAGACAUUCUUCCAAACAUUCCCUCCCACAUCCCUCCCGAUUUAGACGAGAAGUAUUGGGACGCGUUGGCGGUCAGAAUUCGAUAUGAGGAAUUACAAUACGCCAUUGGAGCACAUCGUCUUGGACUCGAUACAGGUCGGGAUCGCUCACCGUCUCCACCAAAACAAUACGAUCAGAACCAACAGGUGAUAACCCGUGAGAUGCGGCGUGACGAGAAAUUAAAGACGGAACGGUUGUACGUCGUGGAUCGAGCAAUUGAGAUCUACCCCGAGUUUCGGAUCCCCGCCGAACUUGCCAAACCCAGUGGCAAACGCCACCGAAAGGUCUUUUUCCCCAAAGACAAACCCGACACCAACUUUAUUGGUCUUAUCAUAGGGCCGCGUGGGAAUAAUCAGAAAGAGCUUGAGAAGCAAACGGGUGCUCGUAUUUGUAUCCGCGGAAAAGAUCCGAAGAAGAUGGGGAAGUUGUCCAAUUUACCUGGUGACGAUGAGAAUGAAGAGUCCCAUGUCUUAAUCACUGCCGACACACAAGAGUCCUUAGACAUGGCGUACGACAAGAUUAUGAAUUUGAUCUAUGGCUCUUCCAACGCAAUUAACUUGAUCAAACAAACACAACUCCGCGCUUUAGCAAAGUACAACGGAACUUUUCGAGAAGACAAAGUCUAUGAAGUCGAAGAAGCGUAUGACUCCGGCGUGAAGUGUGCAAUUUGUGGCGAACUUUCCCACGCAACCAUCGACUGUCCACUUAAGAAUAAAAAAGAUAACGACUUAUUCAAGAAGUACGACCCGAUUUUCGAUCAAUUCUAUGAACGAGUGAAACCCUAUUUCGUGUAG